UUGUGUUCCGAUACUGAACGUUUACUCCGGAGUAAUGGCGGCGUACCGGGGAUCUUCGUCGAAAUGGUUCUUCACCCGGGAACAGCUCGAAAGCACGCCGUCUCGACGCUGUGGAGUAGAACCGGACAGGGAACUCUCUUAUCGACAGCAAGCGGCAAACCUUAUUCAAGAUAUGGGCCAGAGACUAAAUGUCUCCCAACUGACAAUAAAUACUGCUAUUGUUUACAUGCAUAGGUUUUAUAUGUACCACUCUUUCACAAAAUUCCAUAGAAAUAUCAUAUCCCCUACCACCUUAUUCCUGGCUGCCAAAGUUGAGGAGCAGCCUCGGAAGCUUGAGCAUGUCAUUAAAGUGGCGCAUGCCUGUUUAUACCCUCAAGAGCCUCCACUGGAUACAAAGAGUAAUGCAUACCUCCAGCAAGCUCAAGAGCUGGUGAUACUUGAAACCAUAGUGCUGCAGACUUUAGGUUUUGAAAUAACAAUUGAGCAUCCACACACUGAUGUUGUGAAAUGUUCCCAACUAGUGCGAGAAGCUAAUUCUCAUCCCCCUCUCUCUUCUUCUGCCACAGCAAGCAAGGAUCUGGCACAGACUUCCUAUUUCAUGGCUACCAACAGCCUCCACCUCACCACCUUCUGUCUGCAGCACAAGCCCACGGUCAUUGCGUGUGUGUGCAUCCAUCUGGCGUGCAAAUGGUCCAACUGGGAGAUCCCAGUGUCCACCGAUGGGAAACACUGGUGGGAAUAUGUGGACAGCUCGGUCACCCUGGAGCUUUUGGAUGAACUGACGCAUGAAUUCCUCCAGAUUUUGGAGAAGACUCCGAGCAGGCUAAAGCGGAUUCGUAACUGGAGGGCGACGCAAGCUGCCAAAAAGCCCAAAGCAGACGGCCAGGUGACCGACGGCAGCGGCACCUUCGCGUGCCCAUCCCUGUCGCAGGACCAUUCCCUGGUCGAUGCCAUUCCUGGUGUGUCUGGAGACGCGUCCUUCUCCAAGGCCUCGGCCUCGUUUCCUGUCGGCCUGCCGGGCAACUCCGGCGGCGGCCUCUCCCUGGACGCCCUCACGGGCAUGGGCGGCACCGCCUACACGUACACCGCCCCGAGCGACUGGCCUCAGGACCAGGGCCACUCGGACCCCCUCAAACCGGACGCCCUGGGUCUCCAGCAAGGUGCGGCGCCAUUGCUGCCCCAGCACGGCUCCUCCUCCUCAUCCUCCUCCUCUUCCUCACACCCGCACCGGCCCGACAAAGGCGCCGAGUUCAACCCCGUCAAACACGAACACAAGCCCGGCGGAGGGGCCAAACACCAGCCGCCGGCGUUUCCCGCGCCCCCGCCUCCUCCGCCUCCUCCCGCCGUCGCCCCGGUCAAGAUGUCUCUGGACAAGUACCGCGAGAAGCAGGCCGCUGAGCUGGCCGGGCAGAAGCGCCGGCACGAGCAGCAGCAUAGCGCCGAGCAUGAAGGUCGGGACGCGUACAGUAGCGCCGCCCUACAGACUGACCACCGCAGGCACCUGCAGGCCCACCUGCACGGCCAGCUGACGGGUCCCGGCAGCAGUAGCCUGUCCACCGCGUCCCCUCUGAAGAUGAAGCUGCCCCUGCCUGGCCAGGAGAGGUCUCAGAGCGGCAGCGGGAACAACGGCGGAGGGGACCGGCGCGACAAAGGCGCCUCGCUCAAGCUGCGCCUCCCGCUCCCUACCCCGGGCGAGAGGAGUGGCUCGGGCAGCAAGGAGGAGCUCAAGAUGAAGAUCAAAGUGUCCUCGGAGCGGCACAGCUCCUCGGACGAGGGCGCUGCCAAGAGCAAACAUUCCAGCCCGCUGGUGGUCAAGGAGAAGCACCGGGACCGGGAGCACUCGGGCCACCGGCACCACCACAAACACGGGCACUCCCACUUCCACGUGCACAGCGGCAACGGCCGAGGGGCCCACGAAGGCUCGGGGGUGUCCGGAGGCGCCCUCCUCCGCAGCCCCCUGGGCCUCGCCGCCGACGGGUUGACCAUGAUGGCCCCCAGCGCAUCAGCCACUGCCACCUCAGCGUCCUCCGGUUCCUCUUCCUCCUCCUCCUCGCGCAAGAGGGGCUACCCCGAGAGCAGCCACAACCACCACUCCUCCAAAAAGAACAAAAGCUCCAAGGGCAACUCAGCUGGAGGCCUGCGGACGUCUCAGCAGCACCCUGGCGACAUGGGACAGGAAGCCGGCGGGGAGCCGCGGGCCUGAGUGCGUCGAAACAGAACAGCCACCAGCUCGCGUCGGUGAACUACAGAGACACUUUUCACGUGCUCGUCUCGCUGUCGAGCGUCGAGAGCCCCAUGGGACGAACGCCUGAAAGCCACCAGUUGGAGAAGAAACGGGGAUGUAGACAGAAAAAAAAAACACAAAAACAAUAGAAAGAAUAAGAAAAAAAAAAGCUACUUCAAAAUAUAGAUGUUUUUCUCUUACUGGAGAACUAACGAGAAAAAAAAAACGAGAGAUCGCUGGUCCUUGGUUUCCUUGGCAGUGUCACCCUGGUCUCCCCUUCUCUGUGUAUGUUGUUGCUGGUCUCCCCUGCAAAGCCCCGUCAGUGGGUUGUGGCGAGAGGGCACGUGAGUUUUGCGGUGGGGGGGGAGGGGGGCAUUCUAAUUCAGAUGGAUUUAAAAUCUCCAUAGAAGCUAGAAGAUGAUUGGGAGUUGAAUUCUAAAUACUUAAAACUGAAUGAUGCAAUGACUUUGUUUUUCUUUUUCUUUUCAUUUAUAAUUUAAGCUAUCUCCACAAUUGUAAUUCAUAAAUACUAUUAGGCUCUUCCAAAAAUGACCUAUUUCCUGUUCUGAAAGGGGAUGGAUGUACGUGUGUGUGUGUGUGUGUGUGUGUGUGUGUGUGUGUGUGUGUGUGUGUGUGUGUGUAUGCGCGCGCGAGUGUACUGUAUGUACGUGUGUAAAUGUUUGAGUCGGUGAGGGCAUGAAUGACGUCUUUCGUUUCUAUACUGUAUGUAUGAUCUGCAUGUUUCAAUCAAAGGGAUGAAGAAUGAUAGACUGCUGUUUACAGGAAGUGGAGAUAAAUGUACAUACAUUUUUGUAUGCUUAAAAAAAAAGUGAUAACAUAAAUACUCAGGUUUGGAA